UUCUAGUAAGAAACUUAGUACAAGACAAUUUAGAUUCCAAUUUGGUUUUUAGCUGCAAAAAUGUUCAAAGUGUUCAGCAUCCUCUUCGUUUGUGCGCUGGCUAAUGCAGCACCCGAUAACUUAGCCGUGCUACCGCCAGCUCCACUGGCAGCCGCGCUGCCGCUCUACAAGUCCGCGCUUGUUGCUGAACCCACACAUGUUGAAGUGCACGAACCCGCCUUGGCGAAAGUGGGCGAAUUGGUUGAGAGUGUACCCACUGCUGUUUCCCAUCAGAGUUCAACCGUUGUGCAUAGCAAAGCCCAACGCAUUACACCGUUAGUGACACCCGCCGUCCGCUCAUAUGCCACACCCGCUUUUCGAACUUUUGCUGCUGCCGCACCGUUUUUGCAACACACACCGCUACUGCGCACAAUACCAUUCGGUUUAGGUCCAGCUGCCGCUUUUGUUCACGCCAACGCUCCAGUACAGGUGCGCUCGUUCGCUUCGGCUGCUCCAUUCCCGGCACCAGUCUAUCGCUCCUAUGGAUUCUCCGCUUUUGGUCAACCGCUGGUCUAUACUUCUGCCGAAUUUAAGAAAUAAAUUGCCAACAACUCUGACGUGCGGCUUAUUUGAUGAAUAUUUUUAAUUGAUUUCCCCACUUUAUUCCCUUUUGCGACCCAUAAAUGUACGUUUGGAAAAAACAAUAAAUCCGGAAUUCUGUAAA